AAGAGUUACUUUACGCGGUGUUGACUUUAUCACCAGAGCGCAUGAAGCUCACCAGACGCACGGAGCUCAUCCUCUCACACCCGGUGACAGACAAAGACAUGCAGUGGUGACCCGCGCUCGGCUGGUGUUACACACUGUUACUUGUUCAAAGCUUGAAGGAAAACAACAGACAGACAAGACGCGGUAGUUUCUCUUUAACAAUGACGGCUAAAACUUUGGAGAAAGUGCCGGUAAAUCUCGGGGGAUUCGUGCAUCCAGAUAGCGUGUACUCGGUGGAUGACAUCGGCUCCAGCUUGCCGACCUCUGUGGCUAUCUUCCCCAACACCGAUGUGGGAGCUCAUUACGACCAGAUUAAUGUAGCAGAUGGUUUGAUGAGUGCAGACAUGAGUGUGGAGAAGCGCUCUCUGGAACUCUCCCCUUACUCCGGCGGCUUCUCUCAGCCCGCAUCCCACCGCAACCAGACCUUCACCUACAUGGGAAAGUUCUCCAUCGACUCCCAGUAUCCAGGUAACUGGAACCCCGAGGGAGUCAUCAACAUCGUCUCGGGCAUCUUCAACGUCGCCCAACCGCCUCCUCCUCCUCCUUCCUCUUCAGCGUCCUCCUCCCCGGCUUCCUCGGGUUCUCCCAAUCACUUCUCUGCCGGAAAUUUGAGCUGCACCAUGGCGGCUCAGAACCAGCCAGAGAUAGACCACCACCAUCACCUGUACUCCCCACCACCUCCUUACUCCUCUUCUGGCUGCGGGGAGGUGUACCAGGACCCCUCUGCGUUUUUGUCCACUUCUACCUGCCCCAUCGCCUCCUACCCACCGCCCUCUUAUUCCUCACCCAAGCAGCCAGGCAGCGCAGACGCGCCGGGGCUCUUCCCCAUCAUCCCCGACUACUCGGGCUUCUUCCAGCCUGCUUGCCAGCGGGACAUGCAUACAGGAGGUAUCCAAGAUCGGAAACCGUUUGGUCCAUGUCCGCUCGAUACAUUCCGUGUCCCUCCACCCCUGACCCCGCUGAACACUAUCAGGAACUUUACGCUGGGGGGUCCGGGUGGCGGUGGCUCCGAGGGAGGGCCGAGGCUCCCCUCUGCCUACAGUCCUCAGAACCUGCCCCUGAGACCGAUCCUGCGGCCCAGAAAGUACCCGAACAGACCCAGCAAGACGCCCAUCCAUGAGCGGCCGUACCCCUGUCCGGCUGAUGGCUGCGACCGGCGGUUCUCCCGCUCUGACGAACUGACCAGACACAUCCGCAUCCACACCGGACACAAGCCAUUCCAGUGCCGCAUCUGCAUGCGCAACUUCAGCCGUAGCGACCACCUCACCACGCACAUCCGCACGCACACGGGAGAAAAACCGUUCGCGUGCGACUUCUGCGGCCGCAAAUUCGCCCGGAGCGACGAGAGGAAGAGACACACUAAAAUCCAUCUGCGGCAGAAGGAGAGGAAGUCCUCCACUGUCUCCUCAUCGUCCUCCUCCUCAUCCAGCAGCUCCGGAGUGGAGCGGCCGUCAGGCGCAAUCAGCGCAACUAGCGGGAUUUGUUCAUAGUUUUCCCGGGAAAACGUUGUUGUCACCAUGGCAGCGUGACGCACACUAACAUCUUAAAGAAAAGAACUAUUUAAAUAAUGAUUCUGAAACUGAUUUGAACUAAAGAUAGCAGCCUAAACAACAGGAUGGGAAACAAGAACUUCUGUGCAGUCGUGCGCAAUUACGCACAUCCUCCCAUUCCUGUUCCAGAACUGACAGAGACUGACACGAAUGCACUUUGCCUGUACAGUCUACUAAAAUUAAAAGUAAAUAUAGCCAUUAAUGCAUAAGGGCGCUUGUAAUAUAAAGGGGAUUUUUUUGUUAUAACGCCAAAACACAUUAAGUGCGCAACAGUGUGCGCGUUAAAAUGUGAAAUAAAUGCAAUAACGUUUUGGAGCAAGAAGAGUGUUUUAAGUUAUUGAAUUGACAAAGUGUUCAUUCUAACAUGCUUGUUGAUGACUAUAUUUCCCCUUUAGUGCCUUGCUGUGUGUCUUUUUGUACACUGACUGAUUCAAGGACGCUUCUAAUGCAAUGUAUAUUUGUCCUUUAAUAUGUAAAGUUGGAAGACAUUCUAUUUUUGUACACAUUUCGUCUCGUGUAACUUCAAGUGUUAAGCAGUUGUGCUUCACGUGUUAAACAAAUGUUUGAGUGUAAAUAUGUUGAACUCAUACCGACUUGACAUUUUUGUUGUGAUGUGUCUUUUCAGACUUAUUAAAUAUAUGUGAAUGAUAAAUACA